UCCUUUCUUGUUAGAAUGGCUAUUGUUACAUUGGUAUUCCUUCUUAUCAUUGGAGCCGUUUCAGCACAGCCAUAUGCUGAUCCAAAUGAUGCUGAAGUUCCCACUGAUGCACCGACUCACCCUCCAGUAGAUGUAUCGGGAACCGAGUUUUGGGAUAAAGAAACAUUGGAUACGCUUCUGAAAGUCUUCGAGAAAGACGGCUUUGUCAACAUCACCACUGUGCCAGUAGGUGGAGAUGAACAGGGAGAUUCAGAUCCGAGAAAGAAGAGAUCUGCUGGUUACUUUGGUGGUGGUGGAGGUUGUGGUUCCUAUCCUGGAGUAGGAGUGCGUUUCUCAAGUUGCUUUACCCCAGGAAGAGUUGUAUAUCAGAAUAACCAUAUCGUCCAUAACUACUAUAGAACUGGGGGAUAUGGAAAUUGUAUGAAUUAUUUCAAAGCACUUCCUCUUGUCAGUGUUCAUCCGGUGUCAGGUGGCUACAGUGGACAACUUUUUGGUGGUCAUGGUAGAACGUACACAGUUAAUGCAUGUGGAAGUUGUUAUGGUGGUAAUUCGGGUAUAGGAAUUAGAUGUAACAACGCUCCCUAUAAUUAUUUAUCCAGACAGUUUGUAUUUACACCAUCUGUCAAUAAUAUCAAUGUGAAUAAUUUCCAUGGUAAUGGAGUAGGUUAUGGUGGAUAUGGUGUAAGAGUAGCUGCACCCGUGGCUGUUGCUGCAGCCCCUGUAGCUGUUGCUGCAGCACCUGUAGCUGUAGCAGCUGCACCUGUUGCUGUCGGAGCUGGUUGUUAUGGUGGUAGUUGUGGAGGGUAUUCUGAUGGCUGCCAUGGUGGUCAUUGUUAGGAGAUUGAAAUGAACUGGUUUAUCUGCGACAAUUUUACAUAUAGUUGUAUAUUUUGAAAUUAUAAACUAUGCAUUUGAAAUAAAAGAUUGUACGUCUUU